AUGGCAGACGACCCUGUUUUGAUUAACAUAACGGAAAUGAUUGCAAAAUUAUCGCCAAUACAACCUGAAAGUUGCAUUUGCAAAGUGCCUAAUCAUCUUCGCAAGGUAGAUGAGGAGGCCUAUGAACCACAGCAACUUGCAAUCGGUCCUUACCACCGCGAUAAGGUUCACUUGAAAGCAAUGGAAGAGCAUAAGCUUCGGUAUCUUCAAAAGCUACUUGAAGAAAGAGGGGAGAUCAAUGAUGGGCCGAAAUAUGUUAAGGCAAUGAGAAAAUUAGAGACAAGAGCUCGCAAUUGGUAUACAGACCCUAUAAAUCUUGAAUCAGAUGAUUUCAUCAAAAUGAUGCUCCUUGAUGGUUGCUUUAUUAUUCAGCUAAUUCGGAUGUAUUUUGGCAUGUCAUCGAGAGUACUUGAAAAUCAAAUUCCCUUCUUUGUUGUAUUGAAGUUAGUUGGUAUGAUUGGGAUUUCCGAUGAGGAAGAUUUCGCUAGAACGAUUUUGAAAUUCUUGACGUACACAUUACCAGAUUCAAGGUUUUCUGAAGAUGGUGUAAAAUCGAUCAAUGAAAUCGGACACCUACUGGACUUGAUACAUGAAUACUGGCGUCCAUCACCUAUAGAAAUUACGGCCUAUCGAAAUAUGAAAGCAACGGAUACCAGCCUCACACGUUGUGCCACGGAACUCAAAGAGGCUGGAAUCAAGUUCAAAAAUGUGAAGGGAGAGAGUUUGUAUGAUAUUAAGUUUGAAAAAGGGACUCUGAAAAUCCCAACCUUGGAAAUCAAUGAUUGGACAAACUGUUUGCUUCGAAAUCUCAUUGCCUUGGAGCAGUUUUCCUCGUGCGGAGAUAUAACUCAUAUCACGGAUUAUGCCGUAUUCAUGGACUGUCUUAUUAACUCUGCAAAAGAUGUGGAAAUACUCACACACCGUGGAAUUGUUAACAACAAUUUAGGUAAUGACGAAGCAGUUGCCACCAUGUUUAACAGACUUACUGACUCAGUAACCUACUCUUCCAAAAAAUACUAUUACCGUGAAGUAUCAGACAAAGUGAACGCAUAUUGCGGAGGACGCUGGAACAAACGGCUUGCCAACUUGAAUCACUACUAUUUCAAUAGUCCUUGGGCACUUAUUUCCGUUCUUGCUGCUGCAGUCAUCCUUCUACUUACCCUCAUGCAAACCAUAUUUUCUGGAAUUGCUCUUUAAAAGUAAGAAAACAUACUCUCUUUUAUUAUG